GAGCGGAAGUGAGCUAAGUUAGAAUACACGUACAGUGAGUGGAGUUGAGAAGGUAGUGAGUGACUGGCGGCAUGUGAGCAACUUGUAAGACGGUGGAGGCUGGAGAACACCAAUAAAGUUUCAGUGUCUGCUGUUACUUCAGAUUCCUGUUCUUGACAAGAGUCAAGACAAGAGAUCUCCUGCCUGUCCGCCUCAAGCGUACCAUCUUCUAUUCACACCAACGCAUCAGUCAGGUCGUGAUUGCUUCUAGCUCUAAUGCAAACGUGGUAAUGUCAGGCUGGUUAAGAGAUGGGGAGGUGCUGGAAGGUCAGGGCAGUGGUCAGGCAUCUCCUUGUAACCCUAGAUUUAGAUCCCCAACCUCAGGAAAAGGAACAAGAUCCUCACCUGACAGUGCAACCUUCAGGUCCCCAAGGAACACAAUGAGAAAAGCCAAAGAGCUGUUUGGGCUAUGUGAUAAAGAGAACAAGGGUUUCAUCACCAAGAGAGACCUGCAGCGGUUGCAAGGAGAGGUGCCACUGACCCCGGAGCAGUUGGAGUCGGUGUUUGAGAGUUUGGACCGUGACAGAAAUGGCUUCCUCACACCCCUGGAGUUUCACACUGGUCUAGGUGAGCUGAUAGAAGAGUGUGAGGAGAAAGAUCCAGCAGAGCUCAGAUUCACACAGAUUCUUAUAGAGCUUGGAGCAGAUAAAAUCCUGAAAGAUCAGUGGGAGCUGUGUUCUCUUUGGUGUGAUCUGCAGAAAGAUAGGCCUGAGUUGUUGAAUCUAUUGGAGGAAAUUCUUUCCCAUGCCGUGGCUCAUCUUCAGGAUGCACUGAAAGAGCGGGACAAUUUAGAAGAGACCCUGCACAGACGAGAAGACGAGCAUAACAGUGUGGUGCGCUCGCUUUACGAAGACCUCGAGAGCCAGCUCAAAGAAGAGCGAAAGAAACGAAUCACUGUGGACAGCGCGAGACAGGGGGACAAAAGAGAGCAGGUACUGCAGGAGCUGAGAACGAGAGAGCAGGAACUAGAGUUCACAUUGACCAAGCAGAGAGAGCUUGAAACUCGGAUCAAGGCUCUGUGCAAGGACCAAGCGAGCACUCGGGGGCAGAACCAAAGGCUGCAGCUGGUAAACGCAGAUUUGCGGGAACAGUUGGAGGAGAGCCGGGAGGAGCUACAGAAGGCACUUAAUCAGCUGCAGAUCCUGCAGGAAACACUUACAGAUCAGCAGGAGGGCAAGCAGAGGCAAGUGCUGAAAGUCUCCAAAAAUAUGCAGAAAGAGAAGGAGAGCCUGAUGAGGCAGCUGGAUCUGCUCAGGGACAUGAACAAGCGUCUGCGGGAUGAGAAGGAUGCACAGCAGGAUCAGAAGAGGACACCUAAGAUGAAGAGACCAUUAGAGAAGAAAGGAUCAAUAAUCGGAGACUAUAUUUUGGCCAAGAGACCUAGCAACAGACAGGUCAGUUUUGUUGGUCAGAUGAAGAGCUCACCUGAUGUGAUUGCUGAGGCAGAGAUAACACUCUCUGAGAAAAACUAUAAAGUGGAUACGUACAACAAAAUGACUAGUUUAAGUGGCCUACAGCGUGUGUUCAAGGUUGUGUUUUUAGGCAGCUCAGGAGUAGGUAAGAGCUCAUUCAUCCAUCACUACUGCAGAGGGCACUUCCCCAAUAAAAUGAGCACUACUGUAGGUAUGGACUUCCAGGUGAGAAGUCUAGUGCUCGACUCCACCCAAAUUGCUCUCCAACUUUGGGAUACAGCAGGACAGGAGAGAUUCCACAGCAUCACAACACAGUAUUACCGUAAAGCAGAUGGGAUCCUGGUCAUGUAUGAUGUCACUCAGAGCACCUCGUUCGUGGCAGUGCGUGAUUGGCUUGACCAAGUUCAGAAACACAAGGCUGAUGGUGCAUGUGUGAUACUGCUAGGCAACAAAGUGGAUAUGGAGGAUGGAGGAGGUAGACAGGUGACUAGCAUUCAGGGACAGAAGCUGGCUGAGGAAUACCAGGCUGACUUCUUUGAAUGCAGUGCUAAAAGUGGCCAUAAUAUAGAAGAGGCGAUGACACAUCUGGCUAGACUGAUGGAGGUCCAGCAAGACAAACAGUGUGAAUCUGUACUUCACUCUCUGGACAACUCUAGUCAUAGAGGGCGCUGUUGCGCGUAGGUGCAGAAAGAGCAGCAUCACACGAAGACGUAUCAUUGAUCAAACUUCCUGCAGCAUACCACAAAAAACAUCUCGCUGAACUAAGACUUGUGAAAAAUUCUCCUGAACAGUCUGUUUCAUUAUUAUUUCAGUAUAUUCUGUGCAGCUCAGUAAUUCUGCAAGUAUUACACAAACAUGGGCAUAAAUAUGACUAUACAGUAUGAACCU